AAGGGGAGUUUCCAGGAAGUGGCCAUAUUGGAUCCAUUCAGCCGCAGCCGCCCGGGCGGAGCGCGUCCCGCAGCCGGCUUGUCCCCGUCGCGGCCCCGGCGCUCGCUCCAGUCCGCCCGCCCGGUGCGGAGCUCACCAUGGCGGCCACUGACCUGGAACGCUUCUCGCAGAAUGCAGAUCCAGAGCCCCGGAACCUUUCUCUGGGUGGUCAUGUGGGCUUUGACAGCCUCCCUGAUCAGCUGGUCAGCAAGUCCGUCACUCAGGGCUUCAGCUUCAACAUUCUCUGUGUAGGGGAGACAGGCAUUGGCAAGUCCACACUGAUGAACACACUUUUCAAUACAACCUUCGAGACUGAAGAAGCCAGUCACCAUGAGGAGUGUGUGCGCCUGCGGCCUCAGACCUAUGACCUCCAAGAAAGCAACGUGCAGCUCAAGCUGACCAUCGUGGAUGCUGUGGGCUUCGGGGAUCAGAUCAAUAAAGAUGAGAGUUACAGGCCUAUAGUCGACUACAUCGAUGCGCAGUUUGAAAACUAUUUACAAGAGGAGCUGAAGAUCCGCCGCUCCCUCUUUGACUACCAUGACACGAGGAUUCAUGUUUGCUUGUACUUCAUCACACCCACGGGGCACUCCCUGAAGUCCUUGGAUCUGGUGACCAUGAAGAAACUAGACAGCAAGGUGAACAUAAUUCCCAUCAUUGCCAAGGCUGAUACCAUCUCCAAGAGUGAGCUCCACAAGUUCAAGAUCAAGAUCAUGGGAGAGCUGGUCAGCAAUGGAGUCCAGAUCUACCAGUUUCCCACUGAUGAUGAGGCUGUUGCAGAGAUUAAUGCAGUCAUGAAUGCUCACCUGCCCUUUGCUGUGGUGGGCAGCACCGAGGAGGUGAAGGUGGGGAACAAGCUGGUCCGAGCACGGCAGUACCCUUGGGGUGUGGUGCAGGUGGAGAAUGAGAAUCAUUGUGACUUCGUGAAGCUAAGAGAGAUGUUGAUCCGGGUGAACAUGGAGGACCUCCGUGAGCAGACCCACAGUCGGCACUACGAGCUCUACCGGCGCUGCAAGUUGGAGGAGAUGGGUUUCCAGGACAGUGAUGGUGACAGCCAACCCUUCAGCCUACAAGAAACAUAUGAGGCCAAGAGGAAGGAGUUCCUGAGUGAACUGCAGAGAAAGGAGGAAGAAAUGAGGCAGAUGUUUGUCAACAAAGUGAAGGAGACAGAGCUGGAGUUGAAGGAGAAGGAAAGGGAGCUCCAUGAGAAGUUCGAGCACCUGAAGCGGAUCCACCAGGAGGAGAAGCGCAAGGUGGAGGAAAAGCGCCGGGAACUGGAGGAGGAGACCAAUGCCUUCAACUGCAGGAAGGCUGCCAUGGAGGCCCUGCAGUCCCAGGCCUUGCAUGCCACUUCGCAGCAGCCCCUGAGGAAGGACAAGGACAAGAAGAAUUAACGCACGCACAGACUUACAUGUCAAGAGCGGACUUUAGACUUUCAUGUGUUAAGUUGCUUGAGUUACACCUUGUGACCCUUCUCCCAUAACAUGGUGUGAGGACGGACUGGGAGCCGGUACAGACUCCAGUGUUUACAGCCUUGCUUUGCCCCCACCCCAACCUGGCCCCAGGCUGGCCACCCUGGGGCCUGGCCUGUUGCUCCUAUCUAUGCAACUACGUAAAAGCCAUGAAUGCUGGAAUCCAAAACUGAUGAGGUUUAUUUUUUUCAGAGCCAGUGGCUGGUCUUCCAUUUACAGUGUCACUAUUCCUUGAUGGAGCAGUUAUGUGUCGCUCUAGUGAAGGCCCCUGCUGGCGAUGCUAGGCCUAACUGUUCAGCGUCAAGAUGGCAGCUCACGCGGUGCCUAGGUGUGGCCUGUGGUCUGGUAUACAUGCUGCAAAAUUUGCCUGAUUCCCUUUCAUUUUAAUUUUUCUAACCUAGAGUUUAAUUUCAAUAAUAACUUUGAAACACUUCUAAAUUUUUAUUUUGGCACCAGAGUAAAGACAAAUAAUAUCCUCUCCCAUUAUUUUCAUAAGUAACACAGACUCCCUGGUUUUUUAAAACUAAAAAUAUCUCUAAACCUUCUUAUGUACAAAGUACCCCUAUAAUAUAAAGGGAGAGGCGGGUAAUAAACAUCCUGUAAUGACA